AUGAAAGUCCCCGAUGGAAAUAGUCUCGAGACACACGGGGUAGAGCCUGUUAGCACCGAGGAGGCCCAGCCUGUAAGUGUUGUAGAAUACUAUGAGAUGGUAGAAGCAGGAAAGCAGGCUGUGCGAAUAGCGAAAAUUGAACAACGGAAGAAGGAGGGGAAGCGCAUUCGUAGCGAAGGUGGAGCCUUUUGUGAGCAUGCAUCUGCAAUGUCUUUCAAUCUUCUUCUUACGACUGUCACCUUCUCGUGCCCAAUUGUCUGCACAUUGCACUUUGGAUGGACAUAUACCCGUGCUGUUUUCUUGUUGGUUUUCUUCUAUGGCGUCUUUUGCUACGGGUCGUCCUACUUUAAAGCAAUCUUCACCUCUCCGGGCUAUGCCCCAAAGGCGUUGAAUGUCGAGAAAGAGACAUGCAGCCAUGAAGCGUCUGAAGAUGAAGUGCUAGACAAAGGCUACUGUGAAACAUGUAAUAGGGUCCGAACAGAACGUGCCUACCACUGCAAAAUUUGCAGGGGGUGUGUUUUGAAACGUGACCACCACUGUCCCUGGAUAGGCUCCUGUGUAGGGUUUCACAACUUCGGCUACUUCAUUCGGUUCCUGAUGUUUGGUUUUAUAUGUUCUAUUAUGUCAUUCUCUAUGUUUAUACAUGCGUUUGUAAGAAUAUUUUUCUUUGACAAUGAUAUCCAGAUGUACGCUAUAGUACUGUGUCCGAUAGGCUUUAUAUUUAUUUUGAUCUCAUGUAUUUUGACUGCUGCCAUGUUCAGUAGCUCUAUAUCAUCUGUGUUGACCAAUGAGACAAUGGUGGAGAGACAAUUGAAUCAAGACUAUCGCACAUUCUAUGGUAUUACUAGCAAAGGAUUCCAGAGACCAUAUGACUAUGGCAGAAGAUUCAACAUGCAGCAAGUGUUUGGCGCCGAGUGGAAGCUUGCGUUAUUCACUCCAACGAAAAUAACACCAAUUGGGAACGGGAUUAGGUUUGAGCCCCCCGGGGUAGAUAGGCCAGCCCGUUUUAGAAGCGCUAUUCGUCCUGGGCUCCUCUUGGAGCAAUGCCGCACAAAAAAAAGAUCAAGGAAAAGGGGAAAGCAAAUGUCCGUGUCUUCAGGAGCUAUUUAUUUGGGAGUAGACCCGAUGCAAUCAACGGAUCACGAAUGA